AUGUACGUAUCCGCAACUAUUCCUUACACAUGCAUGCUGGAGAAAAGUGCGGCAGGAAAGCUUCGCAGAAAUUUACACAACAGCAUGCUGGUCACCUCUUCGCAACCAUCAACACAACGCCCAUUGGGUUUAUCAAUCGAGGAACUCUACGCACUAGAUCGCCAGUACCGACGAAUCGAGCAACAGCAGCAGCACUUAUCUCAAUUACCCAAUUCAACAUAUCUAAAAUCAUCGAAUUUGAAUCGCGUAGCUAGUCGUUCACUUGAUUAUAUCACACCAAAACAAACUCCACUCACUAAUCUGCCAACACUCGAAGUGCAUGGUCAUGCAUAUAGUUAUCGUCCGACAGUUCAACCUUCACCGUCGGCUUUCUUAAAUUAUCCACGAUCACAUUCGAUAGAUCAACUCAGAUAUAUUCCUCCUGUGACUUCGGCGCAGUCUUCAACAGUUCUCAAACCCACAUAUCAACGAUCUACAACUACGAACGAUACUCUCCAUCAACGUUAUCAUGCCAGACAUCGCAACUAUUUACAGACUCCCAGCAUGGCUACUAGUAACUCACCAGCUUUUGGAAAUAAAACUUCGUAUAAUAUUCCUACACCAACAACUGAUUGUUUCGAUUCACGAAACACUUGCAAACUUCGUCGACAACCGCCGAUCAAACGGGAAUCAUCACGUCGAAUUCUAGUUCGACCUGUUGUACAACGACGACGCGAACCAUCGAUUAGCUCAUCAUGCGAAUCAUUGGAUGGAUCAUGUCCAACUACUCGUCCUCUUCCACCUGAACAGUCAAAUACUUUUGAUCAAUCUGUACCAUAUACGCCUUCAUCAUCGCUAACAGCUGAAGUUCUCGAAGAACUAAAUAAAGAUACAGAAAACUUAGUAUGCACAACGCCGAACAAUGAUUCCUUAUCUGAUGAUAGUGAUAUAAACUUAUACGAAAUGCGUAUCUCGAUUGGUAAAACGUACGAUACAUCAGAUAUCAGUGUCCAACUAGAAGGACCUAAAAUUCUAAUCCAUUGUCAUACAAUUGAACCAACGGAUAAACGUGGCAAUUAUCGUAAACAUGAAUUCAAAACUGAGUUAUUAGUACCCGAUGUUGUUGAUGAUGAAACAAUCGUUGCUUAUUUAACUGAAGAUGGUCUAUUGAUUGUCGAAGGCAAAUAUCAUCCAUGGGCAUGGAAAGAAAUUCGAAAGAAGAGAAAAUUCGAACAACAAGACACAAAUGCACCUUCAUCAUCAACUCCUCCACCUAGACCGACAGAAUCUUAUUCUCGACCGACCAGAACUGACGGAGGUCCGGAACCAGAGCCAACGACAACGUCACCCAUAUCUAAUUCACAACGAACAACGUCUAAUCCUAACACAAAUUUCAACAACAACAACAAUAAUAAUAACAACAAUAACAAUAACAAUAAUAAUAAUAAUUACUACAAUUACAAUAGUAAUUACAUCGCACCUAUAAAUAAAAUUGAAAAAUUGGACAACAAUCGAACUGUUAUACAUGUCGGUGCACCGCCAUUAUCAUCUUCACCGACACAAGAAUAUCCGGAUACAAGAAGUUAUAGAUUUACCAAUGAUUACCCAUCUCAUCUGAUAUAUCACGUUCGUUUGCCAUUUGAAACAUCUACUGAUGCUAUUCGUAUUCAAUCUGAUCCACAGUUGAAUACUUUGAAAAUCUUCAUUGAACAACAAGAGAGAAGUUUAUUACCACAUCAGCAACAAAGCAAAAUUAUCAUUCGCUCAACUUCACGCGUUUGUCGUUUACCGCGAGAUCAUAUUUAUGAUUACACGCGUUUACAUGUUGUAUUUCUCAAAGAUAAUUAUCUUCGUAUUGAAUUACCAACAUUGAAUUAA